GAUUUGUAGGUUAGAUGGUGUUGACGUUUAUGAUGAUCGGAAGAUUAACACAGUUUAGUUGUAGAGUAUGAAAUAAGAUCUUGUAGUGAAAAGUUGUGCCUAUACCAAUUUAACAAUGGAUUGGGUUAUUUCUGAUGAAUUAUCAUUAACUGUGGGCCAUGUUGUUGGUUGGGUCAGUGCAGGGGCAAUAAUUGUAGGGGGUGUAGUGCCAUAUAUACCGCAAUAUAGACAAAUUAAAAAAACACAAGAUACCGAAGGAUUUUCUUUGCUUGUAUGUUUAGCCCUCCUAAUAGCAAAUACAUUAAGAAUAAUGUUUUGGUUUGGCAAACAUUUUGAGUAUCCUUUACUCAUACAAAGUGUAAUAAUGAAUGUAGCAAUGUUUUUAAUGAUUCACUUAUGUGUAAAAGUGAGAAAUAGAAACCAGUUGGUACAGGCAAGGCAGCGAAUAUUCACAGCCAAACCAGGAGAAGUAGCUCGUUUCAUGCAGUUACAGACUAAAGCACCAAGAACAUCUCGAACGAUUUGUGAUUUCGAGUUCCGACAUUUUUGGAAUUGGUCAGAUUUCCAGUCGUACAUGGACUGUAUGCUGGUGUUCACCAUACUCAUCUCUUUCCUGAUGUACUUCCUCAUCGACUAUCUGAUCUUCGUCGAGGCUAUUGGCUUUCUUGCAGUGUUCACGGAAGCCAUGUUGGGUACGCCGCAGCUGAUGAAGAACUUCAACAAUAAAUCGACGGAAGGCAUGAGCGUUGGUAUGGUGGUGAUGUGGACGUUCGGCGACGUCUUCAAGACGCUAUACUUCAUCUUCCGCGACGCCCCAAUACAGUUCUGCAUAUGCGGUGCCAUCCAGGUCACCGUGGACGUGCUGAUCCUCCUCCAGGUGUUCUUCUACCGCAACAGCUCGGAACCCGUAAGAACCGGGCACAGUCGUGGAGAUUGAGUAGUCAUCAUCUGGACACACGAUGCCGGGCUGAAGAAGGACUCCAAGGACGAAACCGUCGCCGUAGAGAACCACAGCGUGAUAUCCAUAUCCGACGAGAAGGAAGCCGACGACUCGUCCAAGGAGAACUCCGCCAGCUACCUGGAGGAUCACCUGGAAGACGGAACCGUCUCCUCCUGCUCCAGAGCGAGUCCAGCGAACGACAUCUCGCACGUGGUGGACGUGGACGUCCACCUGGACCACCUGGAUCGUGUGUCCACUUCGGAUAAAAAUGGUGAUAGUGCCAUUCCAGAAUCUAAUCAUUGUGAUAAUGUAAAUAGGGACGCCGGCAACGGAGACUGUUCGAACUUUAAGAUAAGGGUAAAUAGGAAGACUUUUUCCUGCAAGAGGAACUGUAGACCAAAUGAAAAAUUGCAUAGGCGUACGUUAUGACGUCUAGGGUAGAGGGGAAGUAAGUGUACGUGAUUUUUCGAAUGUUUAUAGGUGCCUCCGAUGUACCCACGAGUAAUGCUACUUUUAUUUUGCUGGUAAUGGUUAAUACUCGAUUUAUUUUGGCAUCUAACCGAAUCAACUUUGGUCUUUCGAAUUACACUUACCUAUAUUGAGUUUCAUCGACACUGUGACUUCAUGACACUAAAAGGCGCGCAAAUAAACUUGCUAUCUAUUUUCAAGCAAGAUCCCAGGGCUGCCAGACGUUACUUAUUUUGAGAUUAGCAAUAUGUGUCACAUCGAGUAAUAUUUGUAAAUACUUGUAUCUAUACUUGCAAGUUUUAGUAUUGAAGGUACAUUGAAACAUUGCUAAAUUUUCCUUCUGAUACUUAAUUCAGCAGUCACAUUUAAAGAUCAAUUCUUUUUAAAUUCUUCAAUUUCAAGCCUCAUUUGAAUGCUUGGAUUUUUUCAGUCCAACCAUUAAAUUUUAUGAUCACUUUAAAAUUUUGAAGAAUUCAGUAGGUGUAAGUGCCUGAUGAUGUUCCAAUAUCAAUUAAAUGCGUCACAAUACUCAAUAAACAAGUGUAAUUCAACACACCAAUUGUCAUUUUAUUAUUAAAUCAGUAAUAAUAUCUGCACUAAAUUCUAGUGAGGAUGGUUUUCAGACAAUAUUUCCAGUAUUAUCCUGAUUUUGCUAACAUUUUUUGAUUAAGACAUUGUAAAACGGGCUUCCUUUGGUUUACUCAGAUGGAUAGACUUAUUUGAAACGAAUAUACUCCAUUCAUUGAUAUUUUGAUAUCAAAUUGAAUAAAACCAAACUUUCUGCAAAGUUGUUGUCUAACUUGAGUUUGUCUUAGCUUUGCUUUUAGAAGCGCUCAGGUAGAGUUGACAAUAAUAACCAUUGCUUUUCAUUUCAAGGUUUACACCUUUUGAGUACAAAUAAAGUGCAGAAAUUAGUAUUUUAUAAACAUAAACUUAGUUUUCCAUUUUUCUUCAUUUUUUUGAAAACACAAUUACUCGUGGGUAUAAAAAUAAAGUUUUAGAUCAUAAUGUGAAGGACCUGAUUCAUUAGAAUCCUUUAUUUCCACUCCUAAGUACAGGGUUUUGAGAAUAUAUCCCUCUCUUUAUCUCCUUUUAAUAAUGCCUCUAGUCCUCAUCACCAUAGGAUAUAAAAAGCCUUUGAACUAUAUUUUCUCUAAAUUAAGAAAUUUUAAAAGACUAUUAAAUGAAUUUGUAGAUUACUUUUUUAGUAAAUCUGUAAUAUAUGUAUAUUUCCAGUUCGAACAUCACAGAUAUCUCUAAGAGCGUGUAUAUUUUAAUGUCGAGAAAUUUUAUUUAUUUAUAUUCAGCAAGUGAAUAUAUGAAAAAAAAAUCUCUAUCUAUAAAUUGAUAUUUUAUUAAUUCCGAGAUUAUUUCUGUUUAGAUAUGUAUUUAUUUAUGUGCUUGCAUUUAUGACAUGAGAAUUGUGAGGAAAUUAAAAUGAUGUCAACAGACUUUAUCUCUAAUUUAUAUUAAACUUCCAUAAUAUUUGUUUUCUAUAAAUAAUUCAAGAUUGGUGGUCAACCAACUUGCAUAGUUAUCUAUAAUUUGAUGUAUGGGUAUUCUAGAAUCAUUAUCUCGAGGAAAUUCAUCUAACUAAAGGAUCGCCCUUCUUCAACAAUAGAAAACAAACAUAAAAAAAUCAUUUAGUACCAAAUAAAUAGAAAUUAAUUUGUAAUGUUCCAUUUAGUUCUGUUGAACCAAAUGAAAUUUUUAGAUGUGAUUUUAGUUUAUUAUGUUUAACGGAGGCAGCUCUCCAAAGAAUAAUUUUCAUUCCAUAUUAGACGAAUGUGAAUAUAUUGUGAUUUUUUUAGAAUCAUAUUGGUGCCAUAUUAUUUUUUCAUGUAGAAAUGUAUAUAAAUAACUCCAUAAAAUGUUAUAAUGGUUCGAUAUUCGAAUAAAAAAUAAAUAAAACCAAUGAUAGAGUGAUACUGCAAAAAAAUAUAUAUUUAUUUGUGAUUUUAUCACUUUAGUUGAAUUUCUAAUUCGAUGUUAUUGUCGAUUAUAAUGAAUUUAUUGCUUUAAAAUCUCUGAAAUAUAGGCAGUAAUGCUUUUCUUAUGAGCUAAGAACAUAUCACUAAAAAAUUUCGAUCAACUUGAAUUUGGAUGUAUUUUAUUUUCAAUUUCAUAUAAAAUAUAUCUUACAUUAUUAUUUUCCUAUAUUGUUUCAGCUUUGUCAACUUCCUGGGUUGUCUUCUCUUUUGUGAAUAUAUUUUGUAACUUGACUCUAGAAAAUAAAGUAUAUUUCCCAAUGUU